AUGAAGAUGAACAUGAAGAAGUUUCUAAAAAAGCUCCGUAUCACUCCGAAUCAACGCGAAGACGGAGAAGGCGGCUCAGUCUCUAACCGGAGCAACAAGUCUAGUGAUGCAGAGCCGUCUCCUUCAUAUAGCCAUGAGUUCAAACCCUUUGCUGGCUUUUCUAAUUGGUUAAGCUCUGUUGCUCAGAAGAGAAGCGCAACAGCUUCUUCCAAUGCUAAUAAUAAUGGGGAUGAGACGAGAUUGGAACAUGGUGGUGGUGGUGGUGGUGGGGCUCCUGUUGUGUCGGAGUCUGUGAUGAAGGAUUUGAGUUCUGGUAAUUCUAAGGAUCCUGAGGUUGAGGAAGAGUAUCAGAUACAGUUGGCUUUAGAGCUGAGUGCUAAGGAGGAUCCUGAAGCUGCUCAGAUUGAGGCUAUUAAGCAGUUUAGCUUAGGUUCUUGUCCUCCUGCUCCUGAGAAUUCUCCAGCUGAACUCAUGGCGUUUAGAUACUGGCAUUAUAACUGUCUAGGCUAUGAUGACAAGAUCGUGGACGGUUUCUAUGACCUGCGUGGAGUGAUAAAUGAGUCUUCCUUAGAAAAGUUACCUCCCUUAGUUGAUCUUCAGGGGACACUUGUGUCAGAUGGUGUUACUUGGGAAGCUGUUCUAGUGGACAGAAGCAAAGAUUCUAAUCUGUUAAGACUUGAACAGAUGGCUCUUGAUAUUGCAACGAAGUCAAAGUCAGUGUCUUCUUCAGGGUUUAUGAACAGUGAAUUGGUAAGGAAGCUGGCGGUUUUAGUUGGAGAUUAUAUGGGUGGACCAGUUGUAGACCCAGAUAGCACAUUAAGAGCUUGGUGGAGUCUGAGCUACAGUUUGAAAGCAACCCUCUCUAGCAUGGUUUUGCCUUUGGGUUCUUUAACAAUUGGAUUGGCUCGUCAUCGCGCCUUGUUGUUCAAAGUUUUGUGUGAUAGUGUUGGUGUUCCUUGUCGAAUAGUCAAAGGACAGCAAUAUACCGGUUCAGAUGAUGUGGCAAUGAACUCCAUUAAGACUGAUGAUGGCAGGGAGUACAUUGUUGAUCUCAUGGGAGAUCCAGGCACCCUCAUCCCUGCUGAUGCAGCUGGACUACAAAUGGACUAUGACGAUUCUGUCUACUCUGCUAGUCCCAGGGACGUUGAUUCAUCUCAUGUAGCUUCUUCCAGCAGUUGGGUUGAGACCUCAUUUGAAGAGCCCGCGGAAUCUUGGUCAGCAGAACAUCCCUCUAGGACCAAGGGUUCCUGGGAGGAAAAGCAAUCUGAAGGUGUAGGGGAUCUCAUGAUCCGUCCAAAUACUUUUAAAGAAGUUGUGGGAAGCCAAAAGGCUCCACUUCAACAUCUUUCCAGCAAACCUACUCAUUCUUUCACUCAUGCCAGAUCGCCUUCUUGGACUGAAGGUGUUAGCGCUCCAGCUGGACGCAGGAUGAAAGUAAAAGAUGUUUCGCAAUAUAUGAUCGACGCUGCCAAAGAGAAUCCACAACUAGCUCAGAAGCUUCAUGAUGUGUUACUUGAAAGUGGAGUUGUUGCUCCUCGAAAUUUAUUUUCCGAAGUUUAUUCAGAAUCAACGGACGCAACAGUUGAAAUCAAAUUUGUGUCUGAAUCCAACGAUGAGAAAGGAAAAGAUGUUGGAACAGUUCAACAAGGAAGAAUCCAUAGCAAUCUUGGUCCUGUGAGGUUUUUGCCUCCGCUCCCAAGACCUCAAUCUAAAGCAAAUACUCAUGACCAACAUGAAGUUUCAGGACCUGGUCUUGGUAAUUUGUCUGAUUCUUCACAUUCUGAAACAUCUACCGACUAUUCCAGAAAUGUUCCUGUUGCCGUAGCUGCAGCUGCUGUUGUUGCAUCUUCCAUGGUCGUUGCUGCCGCCAAGUCAGCAAACUCGGAUUCCUCCACCUUAGAACUUUCUGUUGCAGCUGCUGCUGCAGUUGUGGCGACAGCUGCAGCAGUGGGCAGGCAGCUUGAAAUAGAUUCACAAAGCAAUGAGGAUGGUGGUUCUGGUGGGCUGUAUGGGCCAAGUUCAGGAGGAGAAAGAAUAUCCGACAGAUCAACUGGCAAUGAAAGUUCAAAAUCUGAUGCUGCCAUUGAUGAUGUGGCUGAAUGCGAGAUUUUGUGGGAGGAAAUUACUGUGGCUGAGCGUAUUGGACUGGGAUCAUACGGAGAAGUGUAUAGGGGAGAUUGGCAUGGAACUGCAGUGGCCGUCAAGAAGUUCAUUGACCAAGAUAUUACCGGAGAGGCACUGGAGGAGUUCAGAAGUGAGAUCCGGAUGAUGAGAAGGCUCAGACACCCUAACAUUGUUCUCUUCAUGGGUGCUGUGACCCGUCCACCAAACCUCUCAAUUGUUACAGAAUUUCUUCCUAGAGGUAGCUUGUAUAGGUUAAUCCACAGGCCUAAUAACCAAUUAGAUGAGCGAAAGCGUCUGAGGAUGGCUCUUGACGCUGCUGAAUGGAUGGCUCCAGAAGUACUUAGAAACGAACCUGCGGAUGAAAAGGAUCCAAGGUUAAGACCAAGUUUUGCAGAGAUUAUGACCUCUCUAAAGCAGCUACAGAAACCUAUAGUGAGUCCAAACAUUCAAAGAGCAACUCCCAGUUCUUCUUCAAUGAUCACUGAGCAGGAACAAUAA